UGGGUAGGAGGAGGAGGACGAGGGGGGAUGGAAGAGGAGGAGCGGGAGGAAGAGGAGAAGGAGGAACAAAGGCGGAUCAAGGCUGACUUGAGGGAACCACGCUUGCGAGCCCUGCCUGUGGGAUCAUCGCCCCCACGUCGCGCAGGGCAGGAGCUGAGCAUGGAGAGCAGGGAGGACAAAUGCCCGCAGCAGAACAUGGUGGAAGAGGCCGUUUCGAGCGGCUCCACGGCGCAGGAAGCCAACGGGGAAGAAAAGCCCCGGAGAUCCCACACGAGGAGGGGCUGCAAACGCAGAUCGCGAAGAUCUGAGGGAGAAAGAGCCAGCCCGGGCUGGGAAGGCGGCCAGAGAUCGAGCCAGAGCUCGGAGCUGGUGCUCCAUGAGCAGCUCCACAAUGGGGAGAAGCCCCACACGUGCGUGGAGUGUGGGAAGAGCUUCAGGUGGAACUCCAAGCUCAUCGAGCAUAAGAUGAUCCACACUGAAGAACGGCCCUACGAGUGUGGGGAGUGUGGGAAGAGCUUCAGCUUCAGUUCCAGCCUGAUCAAGCACCGGAAAAUCCACACCGGGGAAAGGCCCCAUGAGUGUGGGGAGUGUGGGAAGACCUUCAGGACGAGCACCCACCUGAUCAGCCACCGGAUGACCCACACUGGUGAGAGACCCUACAAGUGUGGAGAGUGUGGACAGAGCUUCAGCCGCAAGUCCAACCUGAUGCGGCACCAGGUGAUCCACACGGGGGAGAAGCCCUACCAGUGUGGGGAGUGUGGGAAGAGCUUCAGGUGGAGCUCUGACCUAGUCAAGCACCAGGUGAUCCACACUGGGGAGAGGCCCCACGAGUGUGGGGAAUGUGGGAAGAGCUUCAGCUGCAGCUCCCACCUGACCAGCCACCAGAGGACCCACACUGGGGAAAGGCCCUAUGAGUGUGGGGAAUGUAGGAAGAGAUUCAGCUGCAACUCCAGCCUGGUAAAGCACCAGAGGACCCACACUGGGGAACAGCCCUAUGACUGUGGGGAGUGUGGGAAGAGCUUCAGCCAGAGCUCUGACCUGAUCAAGCACCAGAGGAUCCACACUGGGGAACGGCCCUACAAAUGUGGGGAAUGUGGGAAGAGCUUCAGGUCGAGCUCUGACUUGAUCAAGCAUCAGAGAAUCCACACUGGGGAACGGCCCUAUGAGUGUGAGGAGUGUGGGAAGAGCUUCAGGGACCAUGACACCUUGAUCAGACACCGAAAGAUCCACACUAAGGAGAGGCCUUACAAGUGUUUUGAGUGUGGGAAUAGCUUUCGGUUCAACUCUCAUCUCGUCCUGCACAAUCUGAGUCACACAGAGGAGAAGCCCUUCUUCUGCCCCGACUGUGGGAAGGGAUUCAAGUACAACUCCCAACUCAUCGUCCACCAGCGAAUCCACACUGGAGAGAGGCCCUACAAGUGUGGGGAAUGUGGGAAGAGCUUCUCACAGAGCUCUCACUUGACCCGACACCAAUGCAGCCACCGGUAAGGGAAGCCCUGCAAGUGCCCCGAGUGCGGGAAGAGCUUCGUGCGCUGCUCCAGCUCCAUCCCCCACUGGAGGAACCACGGGGAGGAAAAGCCCCGGAGAUCCCACACGAGGAGGGGCUGCAAACGCAGAUCGCGGGGAUCUGAGGGAGAAAGAGCCAGCCCGGGCCGGGAAGGCGGCCAGAGAUCGAGCCAGAGCUCGGAGCUGGUGCUCCAUGAGCAGCUCCAUGAUAGGGAGAAGCCCCACACAUGCGUGGAGUGUGGGAAGAGCUUCAGGUGGAACUGCGACCUGAUCAAGCACCAGAGGACCCACACUGGGGAACGGCCCUACGUGUGUUGGCAGUGUGGGAAAAGCUUCGGCCGGAACUGCCACCUGAUCCAGCAUCAGGUGAUCCACACGGGAGAGAAGCCCUAUGAGUGUGGGGAAUGUGGGAGGAGCUUCAUGUGGAGCUCCGACCUGAUCAAGCAUCAGAUGAUCCACACUGGGGAGAAGCCCUACCAGUGUGGGGAGUGUGGGAAGAGCUUCAGGUUGAGCACCCAUCUGAUCAGGCACCAGGUGACCCACACUGGGGAGAAGCCCUAUGAGUGUGGGGAAUGUGGGAAGCGCUUUGGACAAAGAGAGAGCCUGAUCCUGCACCAGAGGACCCACACUGGGGAGAAGCCCUAUGAGUGUGGGCAGUGUGGGAAGAGCUUCACCCAGCGCUCCAGCCUGGUCCAGCACCAACUGACCCACACUGGGGAACGGCCACAUGAGUGUGGGCAGUGUGGGAAGAGGUUUCCGACCACCUCCAGUCUCGUCUUGCACCAGCGGAUUCACACAGACGAGAAGCCCUUCCUCUGCCCCGACUGCGGGAAGGGAUUCAGGCAGAACUCCAACCUCAUCCAACACCGGCGCAUCCACACUGGAGAGAGGCCCUACGAGUGUGGGGAAUGUGGGAAGAGAUUCAGACUGAACUCCCACCUGAUCAGCCACCAGGUGACCCACACUGGGGAGAGGCCCUUCCAGUGUGUUGAGUGUGGGAAGAGCUUCAGCUGGAGCUCUGACUUGAUCAAGCACCGGAGGACCCACGAUGCUGACAGGCCCUAUGACUGUGGGGAGUGCGGCAAGAGCUUCAGCCACCAUUGCAAUCUGAUCAGGCACCAGAGGAGCCACACUGGGGAGAAGCCCUACGAAUGUUCUGAGUGUGGGAAGGCCUUUACGAGCAGCUCCAAACUCCUCCGACACUACUGGGUUCACACAGAGGAGAGGCCCUUCCAAUGCCCUGAGUGUGGGAAGGAAUUCAAGCAGAACUCCCAACUCAUCACCCAUCGGCGCAUCCACACAGGGGAGAGGCCCUAUGAGUGUUUCCAGUGUGGAAAGAGGUUCUCCAGCAGCUCUAACUUGGGCAAACACCAACGGAGGCACCGAGUGCCGCCUCCCAGUGUCCCCUCACAGUGUCCUGCCUUUCAUGCCACCAGCACCCUGCCCACACCUGUUCUGCCCCCUCCCAGUGGGGCUCAGCCUUCAGCUCUGCUGGGUGUGCCAAUUCAUCUCCCUCCUGCAACCCCAGGACAUGCUGUCUCUGUUCAAGAGCAUCACUGGAGUUUAUAGAGUGCCUGUGACCUCUUUUGUGCUUUUGAAUCUAUUGUCAGAGUGACAUCAGCUGGGAAAUGCUCGUAGUGGAGCAGGACUUCUUUUAAGAAGUUACUUUUCACCCUACAGCACAUAGAAAAUCACCUCAGUUCUUCUGAAAUCAAAAAAUCCUAAAAAAAUUCUAAUUUUCCAUAAUCUGAAAGCGAGCAAUGACAUCCCUCUUCAAGAGCAUUACCAAGAUUAAUAUCCAAUGGAGUUGUAUUUUAAUUAUUUCUUGUCACUGUAAAUUCUUCACAGAUGAAAUGAGAAAGAGUGAGGCACAGCAGCGCAGCUGAGGGAUGGAGCUCAGCACAGUGGAGUUUCCUCUUUUAGUCACACAGGAAUGAAGCUUCAGCAUCAGCUCCUAUGGGGGCUGGAGGGGACAGUGGUCAUACUGAAGGGCUGGCUGCUGAGAAUGUUUCUUUCCUGGUCCUUCUGGUGAUAGUAAUUGUAUUUUAAUUUACUAUUAGGACUACAGGCUCCUCAUUAAAAGGCAGAGCAGUUGCAACACAACACUACACCAAUAUGUUUAUAAUAAUUGUUGUCACAGGCUGCCCACAUGCAUUACUAUGCAAGAACCUAAUGGAUUUCAUAUGAUCAAGGCAUAAAGGACAAUUGUAUUUCUUUCUGAAAGCUAUCCAGAAUUGCUGCAGAUGAGUGGGAAAGAUAUCAGGAUUUCUUCUUUGACAAGAAAGAAUGCAUAUUGUAUUUCUGAAUGUGUGAUAGGUGUGGGUGGAGAAAUCCUUCUCAAAGAGGAAGAUGGGUAAAGAAAUUCUCAGAGCCUCAGAUCAGCAUUGAAAAAAGGUUUCUUUUCCUUGGAGCAUGAGACUAUUCAAUAUUUUUAGCCAAAAAUCUCUAUGGGUACAGCUGAGGUCAUCUUUUGGGAAAAAGGCUGUAUGAGAUCUUGGCAAUAUCUAUGUUUGCUUCUCUUACACCUAUUAUUGGUUUGCUGAACCACUACAAGCAGAGUUUCAAUUAGACCCCUGCAAUAUCAGACUAUUUGUUUUUCCCUCUUCAGAAUUUUUUAACCUUCAUUUCAAGUUAUGAAUGGGUAAGAUGUCAAUACUCUAAAAUUGCAAGAUGGUAAAAUUUCAGUUUGGUGUGUGAUUAGAUUCUGUGGGCUCCAAUCAUGAAAUAAUGAAGCAAAAUGUAAUGGAGCAAUAAUGUAUCUAAUGCACAGGGUUCCAUCUUACAACCCUCAAAACCAGUCAAUCAUUAAUUCCCGUCCUUUAAUUAAUUUCUUGUUUAGCAUCAUUCAUAUUAAGAAUUACUUUUCCAAAGGAAAAAAAUUAAACAUUUUCAACCCAAAUAUAUUUUAACACCCUUAACAGCCCAAUAUUAAACUGACAACCUUUAAGAAUAUGUAUGACCUUGAAGAACAAGACACCCUAGUCCAGUCAGUAAAAAUAUUCCCCACAAACCUGUGUUAAUGGACCACAUAACAGUUUCUUGAUCAGACAGCAGAGUCCCACCUCAGCUUAUCUUGAUUAUGAAAGACAUUGCAAGCAGUUAGUUGUAAUUCCCUACGUUGUUUCAGUAACAAUUUCUGUAUGGUAGGAAUCCCAAAAGAAACUCACACUGGAUAACUAUACUAGUAGCUAUAAACCCAAGUAAUAGGUCCUCCAUUCCUCCAUUAUAUGAUACCAGAGCACUUGUAAGUGAACUUUAAAAUCCUAAAUGAAUUUUGGUUGAAAAAGACUUCUAAGAUCAUCAGGUUCAACAAGUUACUGAAAUGUCUGAAAACCAGUAUUUGCCGUCAAUUACGUGUUGUUCCUGCUAAGCUAAACAUAAAGAUGUUAAAAUCAAGUGAUGUGGUAGGUAUAAAGAUGACAAAUUAUUUCAGUUUUGAAUUUGGCAGUCCAGAUGGAGGAGUUCCGAAGUAUAAUGAGAAUAUUAUUACAUUGUGUCUCAGUAGAAAUAAAGAGCAGCACAAUCACAAUUUUGUCUUGUUUUUAACAUGGACAGUACUAGCAGUUUUGUUAGCAGAGCCACAUGAAGUUAAUGGGGCCAUCUGAAGGAAUGAAAAACUCCAAAAUUUACAGGUCAGCGUGAACCUUUCUGAUUUAAACACUGAUAAAAGCAUAAAUGGAAUAAUUUCACAGGGAUCCAUUCUGUCCUACUACUGAGUUUUCAUCAUUUGUUUAAUCUAAGCAUCAUUCUGAGAUUUACAAUUAAGAGUUAAAGAAAGCUGCUACAGAAAUAAAGGACACUGAGUUAUAGUUUAAAAGUAGAAACACAUAGCCAAAUAUUGAGUCCAAGAAGAUAGAUCUUCAGAAUAUAAGCUGAGUUUGCCUUCUUUCUACACUGAGCUUCUGACUUUAAGAGAAAAGAGAAUAAAGGGCAAGUAUGCAUCUCAGAACUGCUUAUCCCUGAAAGAUAUUACAAAUGUCUGAAAAAUUAAGAAGGCAAAUUAGCUGUAUAACAUUUUUAUUUUACUAUAUUGACAUUUUAUCCACAAAUACUUUAUCAGAGUAAAAAUAGAAAAUAAUUGUUUCAUGGAAAAUUACAAAAAAAAAGGCAAAACAAAGAAAUUUGUAAUAAUUAGCAGAGUAUAAGUGUCUUUAUUUAAAGAGUAAAAAGUAUGCAAAACCCCUUCUGUUUUACAAAAAUUGGGAAUAUUCUAUGUUUUCCUUCUGGCAGUAACAGAAAAUCCUUUGACAAUAUAUUCUACAUCUUUUGUUUUACUGAAGACAUCAAGUUAGUCACAGGUUCCUCCCUCAACUACAGACAGCGUGAUAAUAAUUUGAUACCACUUGAAAGGUUCUUUCUUUACUAAUUAGAACAUGGUGGAGAAGCAGAUGGAGCCACAACAAAGAACCCCAAGGACCAUUACUCCUACUGAAAGGCUGCAAAGCAACAACAGGAUGUAACCACAAACAAAGGAUGGCAGCAGAGGUUUUCCCCCAUCGGACUUACCAUGGAACAGGAAGAGGCAGGGGAAUGAAGUAUUGACAGUGCUUUUCAAUUUUGCUGUGUGCUUACCCACAGUCCAGUUUGAUAUAGAAAGCUGGUAAAUACCAAGCUUCUUUUCAUUUUAUCCUGUAUUUGAACUAAAAAUGCCUCUCAAGAACUCUGCUGUCUAGAACCAGUGACUUGUACUGACUUGUGUUUAGUCACAGAAUGUUGUUACAAGCAGAGCUGCUGCCCUCAAGCAUCCACUUCACAUAAUUCUUGGUUAAGCAGACCUGCACCUCCUGCACAAGAUGCCUCCAACACCAAUCAGUGACACCAACUCCAACAGCAAGAAAAGGGGUGAUGUUGACCUUUCAUGACAGAUACAUUUACAUUUUUUGCUCAGGCUUACAAUGUUUUUUACAAGCAAAAUGACAUCAGCAUGCUCAGCAGAUGGAGUGCUGUAAGAACUCAAGGAUGAGAACAACAGUAAAAGUUACCGAAAGAAUCCAGCAAAAAACCUUUGAUUUUAUAAUCAUGUCAAUGAUGAAAAAACACAAGUUAGAACUAUAUGCAAACCUUCUAGUCAAGCAAAAACUAUCUGCAGAUGAGCAUCCACCUACAAAAAAACCUUGCCCUCAACACAUCUUGAGGACACACACAAGUCUUUGUAUUCUCUGCCUUCUGCCUGCAAGUGUAACCAUUCCUGCUCAGCUCAAGAGCAGCAGCCCAGUGCUCUCACUGCUCAGCACAAACACACUUUGUUCAGAUUUGUGGGGUUUUGUUCAGAAUCUCACUGUUCAAGGACUUCAGAUUUAAGGUUUAAGAGUAGCUCAAUCCAUAGCAGAAUUAAAGGUCUUCCCUUGUAAUUGUUAAGUGUUACAAGAGAGGGUUUAAUUUCUAAAACGUUGGUGAACAUCAAUGCUGACAUAGUAACUGUGCUGUUUAUUAGCAGAAGAGCCAAAAGCAACCCCCAAAUCACACCGUUCUCAGACAUCAAAAGAAACAGUCUAACCAGUAUGGAAACUCAAAAGCUGAAGCCUACUUUUUUUCUGCAUGUGUAAGUUUGCAAGAAGCACUGAGUAGCUCAGAAUUCAGGAUACAUCCCAACUAUUGCUGACUCAUCAUCCAGACUUCAAAUUGCACCCAGCUCUGGAGCAUGCA